CAGGAUGCUCACCAGAACCCCGAGUGUUGUUGCCCAAGUGUUCCUUCUUCUAAGCAUAGUCCUUGUUAUUGCUAUUGCAGUGAUUCAGAUAAAUCAGCAACAGAUCCUCUCCCCAGGUCUUAAGUAUGGAAUAGUCCUUGAUGCUGGAUCCUCUCGGACUACAGUCUAUGUCUAUGAGUGGCCGGCAGAAAAAGAAAACAACACGGGAGUAGUGAGCCAAACCUUCAAGUGCAAUGUGAAAGGCCCUGGUAUAUCCAGCUAUGAGAGUAGCCCUGGAGCUCUUGCCAAGCCUCUUGAUGACUGUCUGAAUAAAGUGAAGGAGAGAAUACCAGUUCAUCUGCAUAAAAACACUUCUGUUUAUCUGGGGGCUACAGCUGGCAUGAGACUGCUGAGGUUGCAAAAUGAAUCGGCAGCCAAUGAAGUCCUUGCAAGCAUUCAAAGCUACUUCAGAGCACAACCUUUUGAAUUUAGGGGUGCGCAGAUCAUAACUGGGCCAGAGGAAGGGGUGUAUGGAUGGAUAACGGCCAACUAUUUAAUGGGCAAUUUCUUAGAGAGAAACCUUUGGAGGACAUGGGUCCAUCCUUAUGGAAAAGAGACUGUGGGUGCACUGGACCUUGGAGGAGCUUCCACUCAAAUUUCAUUUAUCCCUGAGGACCCUGAGGAGCACCUCAAUAGCACCUUGCAAGUGAAGUUGUAUGGUUACAACUACAAUGUCUACACUCACAGCUACCAGUGCUAUGGCAGAGAUGAAGCUGAGAAAAGGCUUUUAGCAUUGCUGCUCCAGAAAUCAAACACUAGUGCCAAUGUGGAUAAUCCCUGUUACCCUCAAAACUAUAACACAGCAUUAACAAUGAAGGACUUCUUUGGCAGCCUUUGUACACAGUCUCUGAGACCAGCAAAUUACUACCCAAACCAGCUUGUGAAUUUCCAUGGAACAGGAGACCCAGGUCUGUGCCAGAAGAUGGUUUCUUUAUUGUUUAACUUCACUGCUUGCAGAGACAGAGAGGACUGCCCAUUUAAUGGAAUACAUCAGCCAAAACCUAAAGGGAAUUUUGUGGCUUUCUCUGGAUUCUACUAUACAAUUAAUGCCUUGAAUUUAUCUGGGCAAUUUUCCCUAGAUGACUUCAAUUCAAGUAUGUGGUUUUUCUGUUCACAGAGCUGGGCACAGCUUCAUUUUAUGCUGCCUAAAUUUGAAGAAAUAUAUGCUAGAUCCUACUGUUUCUCAGCCAAUUUCAUUUAUUACUUGCUUGUACAUGGUUACAACUUCAAUGCAGAAACUUGGCCACAGAUACAUUUUCAAAAGGAGGUUGGUAACAGCAGCAUAGCGUGGUCACUCGGUUACAUGCUAAGCCUCACAAACAUGAUUCCAGCAGAAGGGAAGCUGAUCCAGCUGCCUCUGAAACCUUCUCUGUUUGCUGGGCUCCUCGUGUUCCUCACAGCUACGGCGCUGCUGUGUCUCCUCUUCCUCAUCUACUUGUGCGUCGUGUCGCACCAUCGGAAGGACGUUCCUCGCGUUGAACACGUAUUUAUUCCAGAAUGAA